AUGUUCACCCCAGUCUCCGAUGAUGCGCUCAAUGCCAUUCACACUGCUUGUGAGCGUGCCACUGAACUGCAGGGCAAGAAACCCUGGUCUCCGCUGAAGUUUACUCCGCGCGGACUGUUGGAAAGGGGAGAUAAAUAUCGGGAUUCAUCGUUGCGCAUGCUCACCACAACUCGUAAACUCGUGGACUCUGACAUUCAUGGACAAUACCACGUCGAAUAUGAUACGUUGUCCAAGGAUAGGGAAAAGUUAACCAGCCACAACACCUUUCGGGCUCUGCAAAAUCGAGUGCAAUUCAAGAAAUACAAGGAUGGGGAGAAAAUCCUUAAUCGUGGUCUUGUGACAUCAUCACAAAAGUCUUGCGGCGAGUACAUCUGGCAGGAGAAAAAUCAGCAGCUCCGGGCGAAUUCUCCAGUCAGCGAAGAGCACGAAUUGUCUAACCCCUCUUCAUCCAAUACAGAGGAUCCAGAACAACGCUCGCCGGUUGAUGGGGCAGCUAGUGACCAAGGUCCUACAGGGGCCGAAGGUACUCAGGCGACUCCACAUGUGAAACACAACCUCGCGCAAACGAUACGGGAUCUCGCUCAUAUGUUGAAUCCGUUCGGAGACGAUCAUGCAGUCGACGAGUCUCAUCACCGCGACGGGGCCAACAGUGCUAUACACGAGACAAGCCCGGACAACGAUGGCGAGGGCGAGACAAGCAGAGAUGAUCGUGGCCAAGACGAAAUCAGCAGAGGCGGUGGCGACAAGGGCGAGACAAUCAGAGACAACAAUGGCGUCGGAGAGACAAGUAGGCAAGCCGAUAUCGAGGGCGAGACAAGCAGCGACAACAACGCCGAGUACGACGCAACAGUAUCGCUAUGUUCAUUUACUUCGGACAAUUCAGCAGGACCAUCUGGAACAACCCAAGCAAUUUUGAGCCUCGAUGACUACUCUCGGACGAGCUGCGAUGGUCAGGGCUUUCAGGGCUUUCAGGGCUUUCAGGGAAGACAGAAAGAUUUUUUCCUCGAUUCUCGGGGAUGA